CCCCAAACGGCUUCAAUGGCUAUAGCUGGGCCAAUCCGAAGCCAGGAGCCAGGAGCUUCUUCCAGGCCACCUGUGCAGGUACAGGGACCCAAGGACCUGGACCAUUCUCCACUACCUUCCCGGGCCAUAGCAGAGAGCUGCAUUGGAAAUGGAGCAGCCGAGGGUGGAACUGGCACCCAUGUGGUAUGGCAGCAGUGCAGGCAGUGGCUUUACCUGCGGGGUCACAGUGCCAGCAGGUAUUUUAUGCAUGGUGUGUGUCGGGAAGGAAGCCAGUGCCUGUUCUCACAUGACUUGGCAAACAGCAAGCCGUCCACCAUCUGCAAAUACUACCAGAAGGGCUACUGCGCCUAUGGAACUCGGUGCAGAUACGAUCACACGAGGCCCUCUGCUGCAGCGGCAGGCGCCGUGGGUGCCCUGCCCCAUGCUGCGCCCUCCCCAGGCUGCCACAGUCCUCGCCCUUCUUCCGACCUCACUGUGUCUCUGGUGAGAACGCACUCAAACGAACCUGGGAAGCGUGAGAAGAGAACACUGGUACUUAGAGACCGAAAUCUCUCAGGCUUGGCCGAGGAAAAGGCUCCUCCCAGCGCAGUGAGUAAUCCAGGCAGCUGCAGUGACCCCCAGACCAGCCUGGAGGUGAAGCCACAUUCCUACCUGGACGCCAUCAGGAGUGGCCUCGACGACCUGGAGGCCAGCAGCUCCUACAGCAGCGAGCAGCAGCUGUGCCCGUAUGCGGCGGCCGGGGCAUGCCGGUUCGGGGCUGCCUGCGUCUACCUGCAUGGGGACGUGUGUGAGAUCUGCAGGCUGCCAGUCCUGCACCCCUUCGACCCUGAGCAAAGGAAGGCUCAUGAGAAGAUCUGCAUGUCCACCUUCGAGCACGAGAUGGAAAAGGCCUUUGCCUUCCAGGCGAGUCAGGACAAAGUGUGCAGCAUCUGCAUGGAGGUGAUCCUUGAGAAGGCGUCUGCCUCCGAGAGGCGGUUUGGGAUCCUCUCCAACUGCAACCACACGUACUGCCUGUCCUGCAUCCGGCAGUGGAGGUGUGCCAAGCAGUUUGAAAACCCAAUCAUUAAGUCGUGUCCAGAAUGCCGUGUGAUAUCAGAGUUUGUAAUUCCAAGUGUGUAUUGGGUAGAAGAUCAGAAUAAAAAGAAUGAGUUGAUUGAAGCUUUUAAACAAGGAAUGGGAAAAAAAGCUUGUAAAUACUUUGAGCAAGGCAAGGGGACCUGCCCGUUCGGAAGCAAAUGCCUUUACCGCCAUGCUUACCCUGACGGGCGGCUGGCGGAGCCUGAGAAACCGCGCAAACAGCUCAGUUCCGAAGGCACCGUGAGGUUCUUCAAUUCAGUGCGGCUCUGGGAUUUCAUCGAGAACCGAGAAAGCCAGCACGUGCCCAGCGCUGACGACGACGUGACAGAGCUCGGGGACCUCUUCAUGCACCUUUCCGGAGUGGAGUCGUCAGCACCCUAACCAGUUAGUGCUUGCCCCCGCAGGCCCAAACGCCCCCACUCAGCCAGGGUGCGCCGGGCCCCCUGCCCUGCAGCCUGAGGCGGAGUGCUGCUUGGCUUCGAGUGGGUUGUACCUACCCUUGGUCUCACGCACUCCCGUCACUGUAGCCUUGGGAAGAGUGAAGGAUAUAAAGUAACCUACUGAGUACCUGGAAUCACUUCUUCUAGCCGAUGUCUUAGUUGUGCCCCCUGCCCUGAGGGGGCAGCGCCGGGCCUGUGCAGACUGACAGCUUUCGAACAAAACCUGCCUCCUGGCCUUCCUGUUUCUCCCCCUCAAGUUCAUCAGGCCCGCAAGCAGAGCGUUCUUCAGCCCAGAGGGCCAGGUGCUCGCGGAGGCGGUCCUGUGUGUUCAGCUGUCCCACAGAGCCGUGGUCUAGACACCAUGUGUGCAGCAGGCCGUUAAAGUCCUCCAUUACUUUGCCCCAGCAGGGAGGCUCCUGAAGUAGCACAAGCCCUGGGCAGGCAGCCAAGUUCAAGGCAGGGCCUGCGGCUGAGGGGUUACCACGUGUGCCUCCAGCCAGAGUCGUCCGUGCAAACCAAGUCCCCGCCGCUCUCACCCACAAGCUUGUGCCCACCACGGUAAUUGCAUCAAGGGCUUGAAACACACACACACACUUAGACAAGGUGAAGUUCACACUGAAGCCAUCUGCUCGGUCUUACCUGGCUUUGGUGUGAACUCUGUAAAAACUUGAGGGCACCUAGAAGGUUCUGGUCAGCAGUGGUCCUGACCAGGCGCGAGGGCAAUCAGCUGUUGACAGUUUGAAGCACACAGAACCUUCUGAGUUAGAGCAAACCCACCCAGGGCUGAAUUUAGCUGUCUGUUAAAAGCUAGAUACCAAAUACACUGUACAAUGCAUUAAAGUGUGGGUAGAUCUCUUA